AUGAAUUAUCAAGAAUAUGAAGAAUAUGGAAAAUUAAAUAUUGAGUCAUUAUUAAAAAUAAUUCCUUAUUUAAGUCAUUAUAGAGAAGUAUUUACAUUUAUCCAAGUUAAUAAAAAGUUUACAUCAACUUUAAAAAAAGUAGAGAUUAGCCCUAAUUACCUACCACCUCCUUGUCCAUUAGAAUAUCCUCGUAAUGUAUUUUUUCAACAGAAAGCAUUUUUAAAGGAAUUAGACAUAUUUAAAGAAUUAAGGGUAUUUGAAUUAUAUGGAAAUUCUUCUCAAAUGCAAUUGGUUAUGAGCAAUAACCAUAAUGUAAAGCUAGCUAUCAAAACUUUUAACAUUAGUAAUGAUUUAGAUGACAUAGACAAAUCAGAUAAAAAUCGUUUUAUUGAAAUACGAUAUGAUGGAGAAGAUCCAAUUAAAUUAAUUAAUUUCAAAUCACUUCAACGAGCAACUAUAAUACUUCAAGGAGAAAAUAAGGUUAAACAAUAUUUAUUUAAAAAACACCAAUUAAAUUAUGUUAGAUUGAUAUUUCUUAAUUCUAUUGAUAUGGAUUUUAUUAACUCCCUUCAACUUUACCACGUCUCUACUUUAAUUAUUCAAAGUAAUUCUAUUGACGAAUUACAACAAGUUCUUUAUCUUCAAAAAUUAACAGAAAUCAAUUUUAAUCUUAUUUUUUGUAGUGAAAAGGAUAUUUCUUCUUUGAACAAUCCUUAUCACCUCCGUCUACUUCAAAUUCAAAAGAAACAAAAUGAUCAAAGUAUAAAAAAACAACUAUCUCCUUAUAUUCAAGUUGAUGGAUCUAAAGACAUAAAUAGAAAUAAAUUUUGUCAAAAAUUUAUCGAGAUUAAACAUUAUCACUUUAAAGAAGGAGACUCUAUUAAGAGUUAUAAAGAAAUAAAACACCUAAUCUUAGAUGAUUGUGUUAUUGAUACUUCAGUUGAUAUUGACGAUUUUUAUCCACCACAAUUAGAAGAACUAACGUGUAAUGAUGAUUUUCUUCCAUUUAAUAGUUUAAUAAUAAAACUAACACUUCAAAGACAUAAUGGUAAAUUAAACCUUUCUCGAUUUUCUCAAUUAGAAUAUUUAACAUUGGAAGAAUGUACUUUUGAUCCUAAAGACACUCACCCACUACAAUUACCACGAACUUGUCGUGUUUUACACAUCAAAUCAUUAAUAAAAACAGAAUCUUUAGAUUUUUCAUUGUUAGGUGAUGUUGACGAAUUAAUUGUUGAAAAGGUGUAUCAAAGUCAAAUCACAUUACCAACAUUUCUUUCCAAUUUGAUUAUCCUUCAAUCUCGUUAUUUUGCCCUUACAAAUGCAGAAACAAUUCAUCUUCACAACUUAGCAUUACUUCAAUCAGAACUUAUCUUCUUUGAUAUCAACAGAGUAGCAGAAAAUCUUGAUUGUUUAGUGUUCCAAUAA